GUUCCGACCUAAUAUUAAAGUUAUUAGGGAAAUCACUAUAAAUCCUAUGUUUUUAAAUCCAAAUUGAUGAUCUCACUCUAUUUUAAAUUAAAAUGAUAUAUAAUUAUUAAACCAUAGUCUAUUUUAUAGACUUGUGAUAAAUCGUCAAGGUAUUCAUAUACCAUUUACUUAUGGUUGACGCCAAGAUGACUAUAAUUUAUUGUCGGGAAUAAUGAAGAACUGCUCCAAAGAAGCAUCAAUGCAAUUCUUCUUUUUUCGCCUACAACAAACAAUAUCCAGAAAAUGUUGUGAAAAAUGAAUUUAACAUCAAAAAAUGUUUUUUCCUGCUUAUUUCUUCGACCCUGGCUAGGAGUGCCACUUGGACUUUGGAUUGCAGUUUCAGUCAUUUAUUAUUGGUGGUUAAUUUCAAGAAUUAAUAUACUUGAAACACAAAAUGUUGUCUUUAAGAAACAACUUCAAAUUUCUCAUUCUGUUAUGCGUCAAUUGUCUGCAGAUACUGAAGUAACAUACAGUGUUCCUGAGAUAGCUGAUGUUGCUGGCACAAUAUGUGAAACCGUGCAUGUAGCUCUUGUCUGCAUGGGUAAAUGUUCUAGGAAUAUCACUCCGAUGCUUAAGUCUCUGCUUCACCAUAGACAAAAUCCAUUACACUUUCAUGUAAUAGUUGAUAACAUGUCUGAGCCUACAAUUAGUACACUUUUUGAUAUGUGGGAUUUACCUGAUGUGAAAUAUACUUGGUACAAUGCCCAGAACCGUCUAGCAGAAGUCCGUUGGAUCCCAAACAGUCACUAUUCAGGAAUAUAUGCACUAGUCAAAUUGUUGUUUCCUAGUAUCUUGCCAAAUAGUCUUAGACAGGUCAUAGUUCUCGAUGCAGAUUUAACCUUUCUGUGUAAUAUAGCAGAAUUGUGGAGUAUGUUCAGAAAUAUGACUGGUGAUCAGUUUAUAGGUCUUGUAGAAAACGAAAGUAAUUGGUAUUACGAUAAAACGAAGCGUUGGCCGGCAUUAGGGCGUGGCUAUAACACGGGCGUAAUGUUGUUGAAUCUCCAUAAACUGCGUACGAUCACGGAUUGGACGUUCGUUUGGCAUGACACGAUUAAUGAGAAUCUUGCGCAGCUCCAACAGACAACGUUGGCUGAUCAGGAUGUAAUAAACGCAAUAAUAAAAAAAAAUCCAAAUUUUGUAUACAAUAUAAGUUGUCAGUACAACGUUCAGAUGUCCAUGAAAACAUUGGCAAAAGGCUGUUACGGUGAAGAUGUUAAUAAUGUUAAGAUAAUCCACUGGAACUCCCCAAGCAAAUAUAACGUAAGAAUCCGGGACUCGGACUAUUUCAAAAACAUUCAUUUGUCAUAUGUCAAUUUUGACGGAAAUCUUUUGAGGGAAAAACUGCAUAGGUGCUCUCAGAGUGAAGUUGUUACUUACAAGAUGAAUCAUUCGGAUCUAUGUCUAAGUUUUCGCGCCGCACAACGUGUCAAACUGCGCACUCACCUCUAUUACAUGGACUACAGCUACUCUAGUGCCGAUGCCUUUGACGUCACUCUAGUACUGCAAUUGUCUAUGGACAGACUGCAGUUCUUGGAACGACUAGUUAAAUAUUGGGACGGACCCCUCAGUGCUGCCAUCUAUUUGUCGGAUUGUGAAGUGACGAAACUGGAAAGCUUUAUUCGCGAUUGGUCUGAAACCCUAAGCUUUCGAAGGAACAUCGGAUAUCAUCUUGUUUUCAAACAUGAUUCGGUGCAUUACCCGGUGAACUAUCUCCGCAAUGUGGCUCUCGAGAAUGUGAAAACGCCCUAUGUGUUCCUUAUGGACGCAGACUUCGUCCCGAUGGCCGGUCUUUAUGCCCAUUUGAGAGCCGCUAUCAAGUUGAUUAAUCCGUAUCCGCAGAAAAAGUGCUUAGUAGUCCCAGCAUUCGAGACACAGCGGUAUCGCGCUUCUGUUCCACGGUACAAAGCCGCAUUGUUGGCACGGCUAUCUUCCCGUGGGGAUGUGGGACCUUUUCGAGCCAGGGAAUGGCCCAGGGGACAUCGCGCUACCAAUUAUACGCGAUGGGCUAACGCUACUGCGCCUUAUGAGGUUGAAUGGCAAUCAGAUUACGAGCCGUAUUUAGUAGCACACAGAUCAGUUCCUAAAUACGAUACAAGGUUCUCUGGAUUUGGUUGGAAUAAGGUAUCCCACAGCGUAGAGCUCAAAGCUCAGGGUUACAAACUAACAGUGUUGCCAGAUGCAUUUGUGGUACACACUCCACACGCACCUUCGCCUGACAUCACGGCGUUCAGGGCGGAUCCACACUAUCGAAUAUGCUUGUCACUUCUCAAACAGGAGUUCCUAGAGGACUUACGAAAACGUUAUAAUGUAACCUUCGACUCGGCCAAAGAUUCGCCUUUCAUGGCUCAAGCUAAGAGUCUAUUGUUAAAUCAGAGAAAUGAUUAAACACCAAAGAACAACGUGACCAGUAUCGACCUGAUACUGAUUUUUACUAUUAAUCAAAAAGUACAUAUGAAUCUCUGGGAUACGUAGUUUGUUACGUGAUUUUUAUGACAACGAAAGUACACUUAUAUUAUGUUGUGUUCAUUUUACAAAACUAAAUCGUAUGUUGUUUAUUAGUUAAGCGUUUUAAUGCCCGUUUUUACUUUUACUUUUACUUCCUAUAUUCUAUUAUGCUUUGAUGUAAAAAAAUAUAAUUCGCGUGUCAAAAAUGUGACCAGAAAUUUACGUUGGAAACUACUUUAAUGUGACCAUCUUAUAGUUUUCCUACCUCAAACUUGUAAAUUUGCUACGUAGACAUCAUUACAAUGUUAUUUACAGUUUAGAUUUCCCAUACAAUUUUUCCAUUCGAAUUCGAAUUCGAAGAACGCGAAUUCUAAUCGAAGAAUACACGCUCCUGCUCCGUUUAGUUAUAAACUACCGUCUAUAACUUUUUAAUACAAAAACAUAGCAGUUCGAUUGUGUUGUUAAACGAUAGUUAAUAUUUUACCAAAAGUAUUAACAGCUAAACUUAUUUGUGUUUAAAAUACAGUGUAAACUCUAUAUAACGAGACUGAAGGGACUGUGCAUUAUAUAGCGUUAUAGAGUUGUCGUUGAAUGUAGAGAAAACAAACUUAUAGAUAAUCCAUGACUUCACUUAUUAGCCAUGGUCAACAACAGUCUAACGUGCAAGCAAUCCCAAUUAGAAAACAAAAGAACAUUUUUUUAAAGAAAGUUCGUAUGCAUGAUGCCGACAGUUGAGUUUAUUGCAGGCUUAGGAUAAUAAAGCGACUAAAGCUGCGCAAUUUUUUCUAAUUUUAGCAAAUUAAAAAGUACUUUAUUACUCCAUAUUUGUCGUUAUUGUUGGAAUUGUAUGGAAGACAACCUAAACUAACCUACGCCUAUUGGGACGUUACAUGGAGUUUACAUUGUAUAUAAAAACGGGCAUUCAAAUACAAUAUGGCUUGCCAUAGAUUUAUUUUUGCAUACCUUUACAUAAUUUUAGAUAAUUUCAAUCAUAUUUUCUUAAUUUAAUAUACUCUAAUAAGUAAAGCAUAAUAUUUUUGAAAAAUCGUUCCUUUUAAACCAAAUUAUUUUAAGGAUAUUUCCUAUUUGCUUUUGUGUAACCAAAGCUUGUCACGCGUACCUCCUAUAUU